AGACCUUUUGUAUGGGGGUAUAUACUGCUUUAUGUGUCAGGAUUACAUAUACGACAAAGACAUGGAACAAAUUGCCAAAGAAGAACAACGGAAAGCUUGGAAAUUACAAGCCUUCACCCCAACAGUGGUUUCUCACCACCAGUGUACAAUGACAGGCAUUGGAGAGAAGUAUUCAACUUGGGAGCCAACCAAACGAGAGUUAGAACUGCUACGACACAAUCCCAAGCGGAGGAAAAUAACCACAAACUGCACCAUAGGUCUUCGAGGGCUAAUCAAUCUUGGGAACACGUGUUUUAUGAACUGUAUUGUCCAGGCACUUACCCACACUCCACUACUGCGAGAUUUCUUCCUCUCUGAUAGGCACAAAUGUGAAAUGCAAAGCCCCAGCUCAUGUCUGGUCUGUGAAAUGUCUACACUUUUUCAGGAGUUUUACUCUGGGCACCGAUCUCCUCACAUUCCAUAUAGGUUAUUGCACCUGGUAUGGACGCACGCACGACAUUUAGCAGGGUACGAGCAACAGGAUGCACACGAGUUCCUCAUUGCUGCAUUAGAUGUGCUUCACAGACAUUGCAAAGUUGAUAUUGCAAAGCAUCAGGACAAUGUAAGGAAUAAAACUGCCAACGUUGUUUUGGCGUCAAUGAUGCCAUCAGCAGUACAGGGGAAACCCAGGAUCAUGAACUUAGCAGGUGACGAUAAUGGGAAAAAGGCCAACAACCCCAACCACUGUAACUGCAUCAUAGACCAAAUCUUUACAGGUGGACUGCAGUCUGAUGUUACCUGUCAAGUCUGCCAUGGCGUUUCCACGACCAUAGACCCGUUCUGGGACAUCAGUCUAGACUUGCCCGGCUCUUCGACUCCAUUCUGGCCGCUGAGCCCCGGGAGCGAUGGCAGUGUGGUGAACGGGGAAAGCCACGUUUCAGGAACCACCACACUCACAGACUGCUUACGAAGGUUUACGAGGCCGGAGCAUUUAGGAAGCAGUGCCAAAAUCAAAUGUAGUGGUUGCCAUAGCUACCAGGAAUCUACCAAACAACUCACUAUGAAGAAAUUACCUAUUGUGGCCUGUUUUCAUCUCAAACGGUUUGAACACUCAGCCAAACUGAGGCGAAAGAUCACUACGUAUGUCUCCUUUCCCUUGGAGCUGGAUAUGACCCCGUUUAUGGCCUCCAGUAAAGAGAGCAGAAUGAAUGGACAGUACCAGCAGCCAACGGAUAGUCUCAACAAUGAUAAUAAGUAUUCCUUGUUUGCAGUUGUGAAUCACCAAGGAACCUUGGAAAGCGGGCACUAUACCAGCUUCAUCCGGCAACACAAGGACCAGUGGUUCAAAUGUGACGACGCCAUCAUCACCAAGGCUAGCAUUAAGGAUGUCCUAGACAGUGAAGGAUAUUUACUGUUCUAUCACAAACAGUUCCUGGAGUAUGAGUAGCCUUAUUCAACAGCUCAUCUGAAAAACGAAAGGAAUAAAACAAGCACGCCUUCUGAAACGACACACAAACCUACCUGAAAUGAAAAAAAAAAAAUCCAUUAAAUAACAACUAGCACUGAGCUGUGACAGGACCUACUUGACAGUGGCUCAUGGGCCUGGCGGAGUAAGAAAUGAACAAUGUUCAACGUUCACCGGGUCUCAAAAGGACAGAAAUAUCGGGGGGAAGAGAGACUCCCAUGGUCACUUAAAGGAGGAAAACUAAAUGAAAGGAAUGUUCUGGGUGGGGAAACAGGAGCAGAGGAAUCCUGACACUGGUACAUCUCCUUUGUUCCUCAGAUGUGUGGGAAGGCAGGGGGUGUAUCGUCAUCUCCAUUAAGCAUCUUCUCCAUUGGUGCUUCAGCUCCAACUGACCAAUCAUUUACCAGUUGUUAAGUUAAAAAAAAAAAGUAAAAAAAAAAAUCCAAGCCCAUUUUUUUUUUAUGCAUAUGGGUCUGAAAGCAGUAAAGUGGAGGAGGCAGGAAUUACACAACCGAAAAGGACUUUGCAAGUAUCUUUUUAUUUGUGAAUUUUAGUUAUUAAAUAAAUACAGUAUGAAACGAUUAGGCUGUGUUUUUUCAACAACCAUAAAGGAAAACCUGGAUUGUGGAACUGAAGCUAGUGACCCAGGUUUCUCUCCAAGCAUGUCUGCUUCCCAGGUAACAGUAUGACACCGGACUGCUCGUUCAAGCCUCGGCACAGAUCCUUUUCUGUUGAGCCCUUUUUGUUUUGUUUUGUUAUCUCUGAAGGUAUAUAUAUAUAUUUUUUUUGUAUUCCCCUUUUUCGACAGAGUGAAUUUCACAAACGCAGUCGUCGCUAAAGCAAAUGAGUUGGAGUGUUUAUACGGCAAAAGCAGUCUCUAUUUUUCUUUUUCUUUUUUUUUUAAAAAAAUCUCGUGAACAAGCCUUCGUUUCUCACAGUUACUAUUUUUGUUGCUUCCCUCCCCCUCCCGAUCUUUCAAGAGAUGCAGUGUUUGAGAAACCUGGGCUUUGAAAAUAUGCCAUCUGUCUGCUGGUUAAGGCUGGUUGGUGCAGUGCAGAAGGGUAAUCUGCAGCUAUUGAACUCUCCUGCAUUACAACAGGCUUUUAAGUAAACAAUGCAUUUUCCUUGUCUGUGAUGCGUUAUUGGCCCCUUCUCCCCUGUUCACAUUUUCCUCCAGUGUCUUGAGUACCACCCUCCCUUCACUUCUUAGCAGCCGGUGAAGCCAAAUCAAUUUUGCUUUGUCACAAGUGCAUUUCUUUCCUCACCCUCCACCCUUUCACUCUGAAAGAGCAGUCCAUUCGGCUGUCUAGACUCUGACUGGAACUCCAAAUUGUUACACAUAUUUGCUUCCCUGGAGGCAGUGCCGUAGAUCGAAUUGCAGUUUCCGUGGCAGGGAUAUUGUCCAGCCCUUUAGAAUUCCGAGCAAAAGAACAGCUUGGGGUUUUUUUCGCCAUCUAGAAUUUUCAAUUGUUUCAUCACAGUUGAAACCAGAGAGUUUCUUUCAGCAGGACUGCACCAAAUAUGUCAUCUGCCCAGCCUACAAUCUCCCUUUCGAUUGUAGCAAGGGGGGGAAAAAAAAAUCAGCCUUUCAGGGAGGGUGGAGGAUUAGUGAAGAAAGCAACUUGUUUGCAAAGCAAAGCAGGGAUUACUUGAGAAAAGGGUUAGUUCAAUCUUUGGAACCGAGAGAACCUGCAUGGGACUCUGCCUGCCCAAUCCGGAAUGUGUUUGUCUCUCUCUGCAGAACAGCUACAUGUCUCGUCCCGGGGACUGAGGGGGGAGGUCGGGGGCGGUGUGGUUUCACUGUUUCUAAAAUGAACGUCUCUCAAGCCGCGUUCGUCGUGGGAGCCUAGUCUACCUCGGAACAGGCCCGCCUGCGAUCCCGAAGGUGACUAAGACCCGUCAUCUCAGCCAGUUGAUCCGGAGUUCGGUAACAGCCGCGGAAGGUGAAAGGAAAGCUAGAAGACUAACUGAAACAGCCGUCAAACUCACGGGAAGAAGAAGCGUCGGCUCCUGGACUUACUGGCACAGGGGUGGGUCUGGCCAGAUUCCUUCCAGAUAAGCAGAUUUUUAAUGUUUACCUGUUUUCCUUUCUCUCUCCCUUUAUCCAAAUUCAACACACUUUGCACUUAUAUGCCUAAAGAUCACCAAUCCAUGCAUGUUUCAAAGUGACAAACAUUAUUGUUUGCAAGAACAACACUAUAUAUGUGUAUAUAGAUAUAUACGUCAGAACUGUUAAGAUGGGCACAGCUUCUGAAUGAUGUUCCCGUCAGUCAGGGUUGUGUGUGUGUGUUUGUGUGAGUGAGUGUGAGCGAGAGAGAGAAAGACACGCAAUGCUUUGAGGGUUUGGGGGUUUUUUUUGGGUUUUUUUCUGCUGCCUUUAAUAAUGCAACAAGUCUGCAGUGGGAGAGGAGGACUGGCUUGGCUUACUCCCCAGGGUUUUCUAAUGCAGUUCUGGUCACUAUUUUUUUCACUGGAGUAGUCUGCCACCCUGAGGCUACCUUGCCUUACCGAGUGGAGUCUUCAGCGUGCUAGAUGUGCAAAGAUGCAUCUCACUGACGUCCUUUUUACGUCAGGCAAUUCAAUGCUGACUUGACUCACCCCAGGAUUAAGAAGAGCGUAACGUGCUCAGUUAGUGAAAAAUCCCAAGUGGCCAGAGCAUCAGGAAGACAGAGCCAACCCUGUAAUCUCCCUUUCGUCCCGGGCCCUCUCGGUCUCCCUGCCUCAUCCGUCCUUCCUGCACCAUUCUUCGUUCCUUCCUUUUCAUGCAUACAGGCAGCAGGGGCAACUACUGCACUAAAACUUAAGGAAGAGUUGGUGAGAGCCAAUGGAUCUGCACUGAUAUUUUUUUUUAAAAAAAGACUUGAUUAAUAAAGUGUUUUUUGGAUAAAGAUUCACCUUUUCCUUGCUCAGUUGUCACCUACUCAUGACAUUGGUAUUGCAAGCACUUUGAUAGAUGGAUUGAAAGGUUUUCAGUUUUCACUGAAGCAUCUGUAACUACCUACCUCUAUAUCUGCUGCUGCUGAAAAAUUCUCCUAUAACUUUUUGUGACAUUAGGCAGUGGAUCACAACAGUGCGUUUGGGGAAACUACCUUCCUGCUCUCGCCAAAAUUGGAAGAAUACUGCUGUCUCAAAAUAACUUCUGCUGCGUCAGGUCACAACCCCUGUCGAUGCCGAAAGCAGUGGGUCCUUCACUGAUAUUCUGACAUUCAUCCAUCUUAAAAAAAUUAAAAAAAAAGAAACAAACUAUAGACUAGACAAUUUACCAAAUUGGGAGCUGUGCAUCUCCUAGUCCUUAUUCCAACCGUCAGAAUCGAAAGAACUGUUUCCCUACCUCCCGAUAAUUACACUCCUGUGUACGCGUUCAAACUGUAGCAAAGUGCAUCUUAUCACCAAGUAACUGACCACACGUGACACCGUAAUGUGUUGACAAAAUCGAUUGUUGAAACUGAUGUAUUUCUGAGACUAUAAUUGCUGUCACUUUGAUCACUUACCGAGAAAUGAGUGGAAUUUUUUUUUUCUCUUCCAAGUGUUGAAAAUGUGUGUGUUUGGGGAAACGUGGUGAUGUGUUGGGAGAGUGACUCGCAGAUGCACCUUUUUCUAAAACGGGGGAGCGGGGCUGACCACUUUCCUUUCUCAGUGGUCGGUAAAUUGUACGCGGAGUUGUUAACGCUGAGUCGGUUUCCUCCGGGCAGAGAAGGAAGCGGCGGCGACUGCGUCCGAUGCUUCUAGGUCUUGUCUCCUCUCCGGCCGGGUCUUCGGGAGCGCUUUCGUCGGAUCGUCCGUCCCAGCUGCAUUGGUACAGAGGAUGUCGGAUGCGCUUGCUCUAACUUACCCCAGAGCUAUGAUAUCGUGUUUCUUUCUUCAUUGUGUAAAGACUGUUCUUUUGACAAUUCAGGUCACCGUUCUGUUCAAUGCAACUUAAGAGAAAAUUGUUUUGAAUGAAUUUUUCAUUGAGGGGGAGUGGAGGGAAAGGGGAUUUUAUUACCGAGAUGUUUACACCUUUCAUUGCCUAUCAUUUUAUUUGAGGAGCUGCUCAACUCCUGCCUGACAUCUUGUAGUCUUUAAGAUUCCCACAAUAAAGCCUACAUUCUAUUCUG